UAUAUAUAGAGCCAGCAGUCUGACUCGGAGCUCAGUUUGAUCGUUCGGUCCGACCAGUCGACUUACGCACUAUUAUCAAUACACGUAGCAGAUAAGACAACACAACCGCAGACAUGUGGACAAAGAACUUGAUGGUCGCGCUGGCGCUCUGCGUCGGCUUGACAAUGGCAGACAAGCCAGUGAGCAGCGCCUUAAAAGUCGUCGCCGACGGCAAUGCACUCUUCAACGUCGAAUUGUUCAAGAAAAUCGCGGCUGCAAAGCCCGGUGAGAACAUCAUCAGCUCGCCGCUGAGCGCCCACACCGUCCUGGCCAUGGCCGCCUACGGAGCCAAGAAGAACACCGCCGCCGAGAUGCAGAAAGGCCUUCAUCUGGCCAGCGACGAAGUGAUCGGCCGCCAGGGCUACCAGAACCUCAUCGAGCACCUCAACAGCGUCAACAACGUCACCCUCGAGCUCGCCAACAAGAUCUACGUGAACGAUCAGGUGCCACUCAAGGACAGCUACCGCCAAUUGGCCGCCACCAACUUCUACUCUGACGCCUCGCCCCUGAACGUUGCCAAGCCCAAGGAGGCCGCCGCCGAGAUCAACCAGUGGGUCAAAGACAAAACUCACAAUAAAAUUGACGGAAUAAUCCAACCCGACGCCAUCAACCACAAUCUCGCCAUGGUACUCCUCAACGCCGUCUACUUCAAGGGCGCCUGGGGCAAAGCCUUCAAGAAGGAGCUAACCAAGCCCAUGGUCUUCAACGUCGACGCUCAGACCCAGAAACACGUCGAUACCAUGUCCAUCACCAGCACUUUCCAUUACGGCGAGCUACCCGAUCUCAAGGCCAAAUUCAUCGAACUCCCGUACCAAAACAAGAACGUAAAGAUGGUCAUCAUCGUGCCCGACGAGAUCGACGGUCUUAAGGACGUGAUCAACAAUUUGGAGCACUUCAAUGCGAGUCGCCUGGCAAAGAGCGGUUACGAUCGGGAGGUUCAUCUGUACCUGCCCAAAUUCAAAAUCAAUACCAAGAUCGAUUUGAACGAUCCACUGAAGGCCUUGGGCAUGGAAGACAUGUUCUCUCCCACUGCCGAUUUCAGCGGCAUGACCGAUAAACCAGUUUACGUAUCCAAAGUAACGCAAAAAGCCUUCAUCGAAGUCAACGAGGAGGGCAGCGAAGCAGCUGCGGUUACCGCCCAAGUAAUGGUUAUUCGUAUCGCUAAACAUUUUGAAAAAAUCACAUUCGAGAUCAAUCGUCCGUUUUACUACGAGAUUCACGAUGAUAUAACUCAUACUCGACUUUUUAGUGGUGCUGUCUACAACCCAGAAAACCACGAUUAGAGUAUUUCCAAAAUUACCUUGAUAUACCUCUUCUGUAAUUUGUAUUAUUUUACUACCGGUGGCUUUUUUGUAGAUAGAUUACCAAAUUGCUUGAUCAACACAAACACAUUACAAUGAUUUCAUUUUUCAGCAAUUCGGCAGAAUUUUAAACGCAUCCGAAAAUAUUAUAGUUUUAUAGUUAACAGACCAUUCAUUUACAUGAUUCGUACUGGCAAAGCUGUUAUUUUCAAUGGAAUUGUUAAUAAUCCAAAAAACUGAUUAAUUCAUGUAUAAUAUCACUUUUAUUUUAUCCUUGCAUUUUUAAGUAAGCUGUGUGUGAUAUUUAGGCAAUAAGUUACAUCGAAAUUAAUUAUAUUUAUGCACUUCAUAUGUUCACUUAGCAUUUAAGCCACAAAUAAAA